CAAGUGUCCGAUUCGCUUACUCUCAUCUACCCCUUGGCAGAUUUAGUCAAGUUUCUAAGCUUUCAAAAUAUCGCGCUUUGACUUUCCAGGGCAUCCAAUCAGAUCGCGCCAUACAUACACUUUCGGUUUCAGUAAUGGCGACCUCCAUGUCUAGCCCGUGUUGUCGCCUUUGCCAUGGAAUUUUGCCCAAAAAACAAAGACGAACGAUCUUUGGAGAAAGCUUUGGCGUGUAUGAUCAACUGCUAGAAAUAAUAGAUCAGAUUCCUCACCCAAAUGACGAAAAAGGGAAUUACAUCUGCGGUAUGUGUUGGAAUAAGCUAAACAGACUGGGUAAAAUCGAAUACGACAUAAAAACAAAGUUAGAAAAGUUAAAAUCUGAAAGGCAUGACUUGAUACGCGAUUUACGCUUGAAGCACAAGGGCGAUAUAAGCGUACAGCAAGUAUGUACACCUAAAUCCAAAAAACAUUUAAUUGUUCACUCGCCAACACCGAGGAAAGUAAAACAGCUGUUCACUGAAUCCAAGUCCACUCAGCUGACGGAUACUCCAACAUCAUCAUUGAAUCCCGUGACCGACGACAAAGACAGGAAGAAAGUGAACAUUCAGCUUUUCUCUCCCAGUAAAAUUAAGGUUGUAUACAGAGGUCCAAAAGAAAAGCUGAAAUCCAAAGUUAUCCCUGCUGGAGAUUCACAGAACAUCAUUAGAUGUAUUUCAAGGGGUGAAUCCCACCAGAAAACAUCCAAAGUAAUCUACAAUUCCACUUUACAAGACAAUAUCCAUAACUGUGUGAUCAAAGAUCUCAGAAAGGAACUGAACAAGCUUUCAUCUACCAAGACUAUGUCAUGUCUUAGAAAGACAUCAAGUGACAAGUUAGCCACGAUUAACUUCGAGUCAUGGAAUUUGGAGCUACAGUUACAUUCCCCAUUAUUGUAUAAGAUAAUAUCUGGUUUCUUCAAUCCCCAUAAUCAUGUUGCAGUGGCAGUGAUCGCUGCUGUUAUCCAAAAGAAUCGAGUUAUGCACAUGUCUGCCUUUCAUCAUGCAGUAACUCAAGUUUUGGAUAAUGGUGGAGCAACGGAUGAGUGCAUAAAUCUUCUCAACAAGUUGGGUCUUUGUUUGUCACCAUCUGCUGCGACAAAGAAGAAGUCUGAUUUGAUAGCAAGGCAAACUGACCACAUACAACGACUGAUGAUUUCAGAAAAGAAAGCCCUCGAAGAAAAUACAGGUGAGGAUUGCGUGCCGUCUGAAAUCAUUGGAGAUAAUUUCGACAUUAUGAAAAGUCCAUCUCAUAUGAGCAAAGAGAAGCAGCGACAAAGUUGGCAUUGGUUUUUAAUGGUUGGUUUGCAGAGAAGGGUUUUAAACCCUAACUUAAGUACAGAUGCCCCUGUUACAUCCAUAUCAGAAGCUGAGAACAGCAUAUUCAUUCCAAGUAUUGAAGAUUGCAGGUCCCUAGAAAAUAAUUUUGUUCACCAUAUUAUGAAGGUGUUGGUGAAAUAUUUUCCCUGCUUUCAAAAAUAUGGUCCAUAUAUUCCCAAGUGUAUUGAACAUUCUCGCAUGCAAGAAUUAUCCAAGAAAUCUGACUUUGUGAUAAUAGAUCUACUUGACAAAAGUGAAAAUAAAAAUGAAGAUAUGAUCAGUAUCUUGGAGCAUAUUCAUGAGAAUUAUGUCCCACAUACAGCUGAGGAACACUCACAUGUCAUCCGAAAGAAAGUAUUUGGGGGGGAUGUUCUUACAAAUGAAAGAGCAUAUUCUGCACAGUUAGCUAUGUUAAAUGGAGCUACAGAUUUUGAACAGAUAGCAGGUGUCAUACAUAGGCCAGAAGGACUGCAUAGAAUGAUGAAUCUAUGUCUGAUAUGUCAGAUUCUCUACCAGCAGUUUUACAAGGCUUCAUCUACCAAUGACCGGGGAACUCUUUCCCAGCUGAGAAACAUUGUUCAUCGAGUUGAUGUUAAAGGAGCAGAAAGAGUUAUCGAAAGUUACAGAGCACACUCUGCUUUCAUUGAUGAUUGCUUAGAUGCUUUCAUUGUUGGUGCCUGUAUGCAUCACUUGAAAAUGGAGAGCAUUGAAUGUGAACCACAGUCCAAACAGAUUCUCUUUGAGGCCAUCUCAUCAGAGGAUAAGAUGCAGUUCAUUACUAACAUCGCAUCAGAAAUACAGAAAAAGUACAUCAAUCUGGAAAACGAUUUUCACACCUUGGAACAUGCUUCUGAGAAACUGGAUAUGCAAGAGCAACAAAUCAAAGAUAUGUUUGAUGCCACUGAGGGAUUAUACCACUGUGUUGAUUGUCGGCGCCCAUACAAGAAGCAGGGACACCUUAAAAAUCAUCUUAAAAAAGAACAUGAUUGGGAAUUUCAUCAUCAAGAUCAAGAAGCUGGUGAAGAUCAUGAUCGAGUGGCCCUUUACAGAGCAUCAUUUAUGAAAUGUGCUCUUCUACUUAGAGACACAAGUGACGCUUAUAAAUUGGGUGAUGGAAAUAGAAUUAUGGACAAUUCCAAAUUUCAAAUGCUUCUCUCAGGGAUUGCACAUCAUACAAAAUACCAACUAUGGCUAUUCAGAUUUCUAGCAAACUAUCACUGCUUGCUAAGUCCAAGGGAAGCAUUUGAGUACAAAUGGAACUGCACAACAAAUAUGAAAGGUGGAUAUGGGCAUAACAUUCCGAAUGAUAACUUGGUAGAGAUUCUAGUCCAUCGACUUAAAUCAAAGUUGCAAUCGCAGGGAGCAAAUGUGACAUUUUCAAGUGCGCGGAAGGCAGCUUUGACUCUUCAAAUACAAGAUGAGAUCAAGGAAAAUUUAAUUGAGAAGUCUGGCAUGAAGAAAUCGGGGACCACUCGUUCAAGUACUUCAAUGGACAAAGACAUUGUACUUAUGGUGACUGAACUCUCUGCUGCCAGUGUGUUUGAUUACAUUCCUGGUAGAAAAUAUGACAAUUUCAAAAACUUUAAUGAUCUGUUUUCCAGAAUUAAUAUCCCAGAAUUACACAAAUGGUUAAGUAAACAAAAGGAGAGACUGUCUUAUGAAGCCAUUUAAAUACUGUACAUUGUAUAUGCAGUAUAGAUUGAUGUAAGUCAAAGCAACCAUAAUGAAAUGAAAAAAAAGA